CUAGCUUUCAAUAUCGCCUUUACUUGCCAUUUAGCAUUUUUAUUCUAUUCAAGCCAAUAUGGCAGCUUCUAUAGCGCCCGAGUGCAACGAUCUUAAAGAGAAAUAUGACACUUGCUUUCUGAAGUGGUACAGCGAGAAGUACCUCCGUGGCAACACAGGCUCUACUGAAUGCGAAGAACUCUUCGCCAAGUACAAGUCCUGUUUGACUAAAACGCUCAAGGAACGAGGCAUUGAUACAAUGCUAGAAGAAGCGCGGAAGAACACACCGGAGACAGACGCUGAGUACAAUCGGCGGUCAUGACACCAACCGCGAGCCUCGCCAAAAUGCCGGCGAGUCUAACAAUGUAGCUGGUAUUCCAAGCCGGCCUUGAACCAUCUUGAGCUUCUUGUGUCCUGCUCUAUGCCUCCUAUCACUCGAUUUUCACUCCGCUCACUAAACAAGACAUUGACGGACCUCUUUCACCCACUUGUAUACCUAUUU